GCGGCUCACGUGUCACGUGCCCUAUGCCUUGAGGUCUGCCUGGGACUUAAUGAGCAAUGAGCUAUGCCAUCAUUUCGAUACCAGCUGCACAACCAUCUGCGGUCAACACAGCAACUUGAAUAGUUGGCGUCGAGGUUGCUUGGCAGGUGUAUUCUUUCUACCAAUUCCAUCCAGACAUCGCCCUUUUGUUGAUUGCAUACACCCUGCUAACCCAGCCAUCAUCAAUGGACCAGUACCCUAAACUAAAUACCAGUUUUCAGGAGCGAUCCGACUACGAGGACGUCGUGCAAAGCAUUGAGACGCGUCACCGACAUGAUUUGGCCGUGCAUCUCUAUCUGGCGUUUCUUCUGCAUAAUGUAAAUCCACUCUUUCCGGCAUCCACGUGGACGUCCUGGCCGCCACAUCCACUGGCUGUUCUGGACCCCCAGAUGACCACAGACGCCGAAGAUUUUGUGCUUAGUGAUCUGCAGUACGAUGGCACGGAGGCCCUGUUCUAUAGUGAAGCCGCCCGUAAGGCCACGGGCCGUAAAAACACUGGGUGGGUACAGCUCCAAAAGCGCAAUGAAAAGGUGCCUGUUCGGUUUAAGCGGCAAAAACUCUCAAGUCCGAAAGUCACGCUCGUGAACGAAGUCCACUUUCUUCUUCAGCGGAAAAUCAAGGACCUGGUCAGGCGCGUGAAAGGGACUGUUUCCUUGGAAGACGAUUCGCCCCUAAUGAAAUCCAUCGCCACGAGAUUGGCAAACAGAAUGGGCAAUGUGCUCGACAGGCUUGCGGACCAGUCGCUCCACAGGCAUCAAACCACAAGGGAAAUAGUGCAUACGUGUCACGGCACGUGGCAGGACGUGGCUUUGGCGAACUUCUACAACGAUAAACUUGGCACGCAAGUGGACGUCGAUGGCCACCGAAAGCUCUACCAUAAGAUGCAAGAGCUCUUCCAGAACGUGCUGUACCCGUACGAGUAUGAUCCAAGUAUUUACAUUGACGAAACUACGGGCGUUCAGGAGGAAGUUCCCGAGUUUGAUGUCACCGAGAACUUAGAAGCUAUUGAAAAAGAAGGACUUGCACCAACGGGACUAGGGCUGGCCCAGGACCACAUGGACCAGCAGGCACAAUCCCGGGCUGUCAAAGAACGGGUGUUUUGGGGGUUGAUGGACCAAGCUGCGCGUGAAAAACAGCUUGCUCACGACAAACCCGAGGGAAAGUCCGACCCGCUUGGUCUCUAUCAGCCGGAGGGGGAUUUUUUCGCUGAGAGACGGCAAAGAGUGUUCAGACAUGUUUCGUUGAAACCCAAGGAUUUCAAGACAGUGGUCAAACACGCCAAGUGAGCUUCGUAAGGUGUAUGUAUUGUGGAUUCCGUUUAAAGGACUAUGAAACAUGAAGAGGGGCUCUACUUGGAGCAGAUAUCCACAA